GCAUCAAAGGUACAAUAGGGGACCCAUCCUCACAUUAUUUUGGGAGAAAAGCCAAAGAGGCUAUCUCCUCACUCACCCACUCCAUUAUUUUCGGCCAAGCUACCAAAAGAGGGGGGAAAGGAAGCUCUCAAGUCAUCCUCCAUUGCUGCAACUCGAGCUCAAACAAAGGUGGCCCAAGGAAGAAGAUUAUAGGAGGAAAAGGCUAGGAAGAAGUGUGAAAAUUAAGGAACUUGACUAAAGAGUUUCUAGAGUUCGCCGGAGUUUCGCCGGAGUUCAACCGAGGAGCGUAGAACGCGCUUAAGCUCAUUUAAGGUUGAAGCUGGGGCUUGCUACCUGCACCUUUCUACAGGUGACAUCAAAUCAAGGAAGACAUGGUGACGUCACUCGAUUAUACGGCGGUUGUACACACGCUCAGAUUUCGGUCUGGGGCGUGACAAUACAAAAGGGACAUGUGGGCAGAAAACCAAUCCAAUAUGACUUGGAAAAAGUUUCAGACAUUCCAUUCCAUCACAUGAAAAAUAUGAGAGCUUUGGCCUUUGCCAUGGAAGUGUCCCCCACAACAGUUCACAUAUGGUUAAAGGGGGGAAAAGAUUAAGGAUGUUUUUACUUGGACUGUAAUUUGUUGGUCUGGUCUUGUCUGGUCUGGUCUGGUCUGAACUGGUCUGGUCUGGUCUGAACUGGUCUGGUGUUGUCUGGUUUCUUUGUAUUUUUAUAACUAUCCAAGUCCGGUCUGGUCUGGUCUGGUUUGAACUGGUCUGGUCUGGUCUGGUCUGAUCUGGUCUGGUCUGGUCUGGGACGAAUUACAGUCCAAGUAAAAACAUCCUAAAAGGCACUCAAAUGCAAUAAAACCUCUUUUGACAGAUGCAGGAAAGGUUAAAAGAUUAGAGUUUUGCUUGAGUUUUAUAAUUCCAGCUUUAUUACCCUUGACCCCCACAUUUCAUGACAGUUAUGACCAGAUACACAUUGAUGAGAAGUGGUUCUAUUUGUCACAAGAAACAUCCACCUUCUACACCCUACCCACAGAACAGGAUCCCUACAGGGCUGCCCAAUCAAAAAAAAUUAUAGCAAUGGUAAUGUUCUUAGCUGCAGUGGGCAGACCUACAGUGGGGGAAAAUGAGGAGGUGUUAUGGGAUGGAAAGAUUGGGAUCUUUCCAUUCACUUAUGAAGAUACAACCAAAAGAACAAGUAAAAACAGGUCAGCUGGGACUUUAGAGACUAAAGCAACACUCAGUGUGACAAGGGCAGUCAUAAAGGACAUGAUACUCAACCAGCUUUUACCAGCAAUAAAAGAAAAAUGGUCUGAUGCAAGUAAUAGGAGUAUAAUAAUUCAGCAAGAUAAUGCAAGGCCUCACAUUGACAUAAAUGAUCCUGAUUUUGUGACCUAUGCAACAGAAGAUUAUUGGAAUACUCAACUCAGUGACGAGUGCAUAUGAGGAGCUGACACCUACUACACUCAACAAGGUGUUUCUAAGGUACCAAUAUGUCAUGGAGGAAGUCCUUAGAGAUAAUGGUGGAAACAAUUUCAAGUUGAGGAAUGUAGGGAAGGACAGAUUACAAAGGUUGGGAUUAUUACCUAAGAAUGUGAAAAUUACACCUGAACUGUAUCGGACAGCUAGAGUAAGUAUGGA